CAGAAGUCUCUCAACAUCGCGCGUGCGUAGUCGCGUCAUAACGACAUGACGAACUGUUGUUUUCAGUAGCAACCGUCACUCUGAACUGAAUAAAGUCGUCAUAAAAGGUUGAAAAAUGUCCACUCUACUUGAUGGGACAGCAGCAGAUGUCCCAGUCAGAGACAUCACAGUCAACCUGUCCCGACUAGCAGCUGGUUCACGAGAUUCGUCAGUGUAUCAAAAUGCUCGGGCGCGACAGGACGUCUCUCGGGUGUCCAGGGAGGAGCUGGAGGAUCGAUUCCUGCGCCUCCAUGAGGAGACCCUGCUCCUCAAACAGCACAUUCACCAACAGGAUGAAAAGAUCAAGAAGCUUGGCACUAAACUGAUAAGGCUGGUGAAGGACCGAGGUCGUAUGGAGCAGCUGGCAGCGGGGGGAGCCCAGCCGGUCUCAAGGCUUCGAGACGUGGAAAUGGAGGAGAUGAUGGAGGAGCUCCAGGAGAAGGUCCGGGGACUACAGACUGAGAACGAGGGACUGAAACAGCGUCUUCUGGUCGCCAAACAGCAGCUCAUCAACUCGCAGAGCAGGAGGCCGUCACCAUACGGCCACGUCCAGUCACGAAUCAACUCUGGAUUAAAGAAGCUGAGAGACGACACUCUGUCUCCCUCUCAGACACGACCAAAAAGUACGAGGAGUUUGGAGGGAGGUGGGAGGCCUCCGACCGGCCAGCUGCCUCGAUACGGACAUAGUCUCCUGGAGGAGGCAAGGGCCGAGAUCCGCAACCUAGAGAAUGUGAUAGAGUCUCAGCGGAGCCACAUGGAGGAGAUGGAGGGAGCCUCAGAGCUGAUGAGGGAGGCACUGAGGAAGAAGGAGGGCGAAUAUGAAGAGAGACUUCUGCAGGUCCGACAGCAACAGACCACCAAACUGAGGUCACAUGUCAACAACAACGUGACGAUGAUCAAGCUGCAGAAGCAGCUUGCUGACAGGUCCUGCGCCGUAACAGAGCUGGAGAGUCGAUUUCUACAACUACAAGAGAGUCAGCGGACACUGAAGGCCAGUCAUGACGCCGCAAUGCUGAAGGUGGACGAGCUGUCUGGCCAGCUGAAAGACGAGAGACUGAAGGGUCUGGACCUGGAGAAACAGCUGCAGAGCUCCACCAUAUCCAAGAAAAAGCUGGAGCAGUUGCAGGAGCGGAUCAGUGAACUGGAGCAGGAGAGGGACCUGCUGAGGGAAAACAAUGAGAAACUGGUCAACAGUGCCUUUGAUGUGUCUCAGCAACAAAAAUGGCAGAUUCAGGAGCAGCAGCUGAAGUUACAGAUCGCACAGCUAGAGACGGCGCUGAAGGCCGACCUCGUCGACAAAAAUGAAAUCCUCGACAAAAUCAGGACCGAGAGGGAUACAAAUGAGAAGCUGACAGAAGAAAAUAAGAGGCUUCAAAUCCAGUUUCUGGAACAGAAGCAACAAAUGGAGGAACUCAAUGAUCGUGUGAAAUUCUACAGCAGGGAGAAUGAGUAUGACGUGGCUGAAAUCACGGAGGCACUGCUUCUAAUUAAGACACGUAAAUCACAGAAGAGUGGUGAUCUGGGCUUCCUUAAGGAGGUGGAGGAGGGAGGGAGCAGUAACACAGAGAGCUCCAUCAGAGAGCUACGAGCCGCUCACGCUGAAACCAUCCAGGAGCUGGAGAAGACCAGAAACAUCCUGAGCAUGGAGAGCAAAAUCAGCAAAAACUACAAGGCUGAGCUGGAAGCUGUGUUACAGAAGAUGGACAGUGACAAAGUAGGGUAUGAGCAGAAGCUGGAACGACAGGCUCAGCUGCUGGACACAAGGGCUGCAAAGAUCAAGAAACUGGAAGGUCAGCUCAGGGACAUUGCCUACGGUACAAAAACGUAUGUCUUCAGACCAGACCUCACCAAUGAGGAUGAAGCAGAUGAGUUUGAUGAAACUCUUCACCUGGAGCAUGGAGAAAACCUUCUGGAGCUUCAGAUAGUCAGUGCUGUGCUGUCCCCGUCUGCCUUGCAGGCUUUGGGUGACAGUGAACCCUCCACCUUCUGUACAUACUCUUUCUAUUUGUUUGAACUGCACUCCACUCCGGUGGUGACGGGCCACAGACCAAAAUAUGGCUUCACAUCUAAGUACGUGGUGAGCAUGGACGACCAAUUCCUCGACUACCUCAAUGGAUACUCUGUCACUGUCGAACUGCAUCAGGCCCUGGGUCUAGACUGGAGGACACUGGGGACAGGACAGCUUCGACUGCAACAGCUGCUGGGGCAAGACGGGAAAGUUCAUGGGACCGUACCGCUGGUCGGUACAUCCGAUGAGGUGCGAUCUAUCGGCUCCGUGGAUUACUGGUUGAGGCUGAGGAUACCCAUGACAGAAACCAUCCGCCUGUAUAAAGAGAAGGUGAAGGCCGUGGGCUACAUCAACAGUACACUGAAUGGAAAACCACAGUUGCAACCACGAGGCAGCAGUUGGAACGAACUCUUCAUCACUGUCCAACGCUGUCGAGACCUUCGAGCCAGAAGCUCCCAGCAGCCGAGUCCCUACGUGGUCUACAAGUUCUUUGACUUCUCUGACUACCCCACUGCCACUGUUCACGACAGCUGUGAGCCUCACUUCAACGACCUCAAGUCCUACUCUGUCCUGAUGGAUGUAGGUCUGGACCAGUACCUGAAGUCUGAGGUCCUUCAGUUGUAUGUGUUCGACUACAAGGAGGAGCAGAUGGACACAUACCUGGGGAAGACCAGAGUACCUCUGCUGUCACUGGCUCAGGACAAGGGGAUCACAGGCGUGUUUGAGCUGACCGAUCCCUCUGGGCUUCCCGCCGGCCACAUAGAAGUUACACUGAAAUGGAAGUUCACUUACCACCCUCCAUCAGGCUCGAUCAUGACUGUUGAAGCGCCAGAGUUCAUCGUCCCUAAAGAGAAGCCCAUAGAGGAAACUGCUGAGCCAAAGCAAGAACAGAGUGUGGAUGAAGAGCACAGAGAUAAACUACUGAAAGACAAAGAUGUUGAGGAGAUACUGCAAGAGGAGAAGGAAGCCGGAGUCCUUUUUCAUCACUCCACCUCUCUCCCUGAUGUUGCUGUCUCUAAGGCCCCGCUGCCAAAACUCAGACAGACGACACGAGUAAAGGAAAAGCUGGCUGCCAAAAAAGUCACAUUUGUAGAUCCCACAGCUGCAGAUGACCAGGUGAAGUUUGCUGAGGACAGGAGCCCACAAGGCCCCAGUGUGUCUGCAGACAAGAGAGAGACAUCAUUAUCACCUGUUGUAAAGGUUGUGUCAGAAGUGACUCCAGCUCCUCAAAACACCCCGGAGGAAGAGGAUGAUGAAGACGAGUCUCACUUCUCUGAAGGACAGCUGGUCCCAGCGAACUCCCAGUCCUACUCUGAUGAUUCUGAAAUCUCAGAGGAAAUAAUCGAAGGUACCGAUGAGGCCCCAGCAGCCAAACAGGAUGAGAACGAAUCGACUCAGUCCGACAGCGAUGACUGCAUUGUUCAUGGACAGGCCACCGGGAGGAAACCCUCAGAGCGAGUGCGGGUGGAGGUCGUGGCUCUGAGCCUGAAGCCAGAGUCCCGUGUGGCCCGGGACAGCAGUGUGGUGCGUCUGUUUGUGGAGUACUCUUUCCUGGAUCUACCCACAGAGGAGACCCCCCUGUCUCUACCCAAACCCCCGCAGGGCAAGAGCAUCAACUACAACUACAGCAAAGUCAUUCCUGUGGAUGCUGAGAACAACGGGGCGAGGCGGCGGCUGCUGAGGGGAGUCCUGCAGGGACGAAACCCUCAUAUGGAAAGAAUCCGGUUCACGGUGGUGAGCGAGCCUCCAGAGGAAGAAGAGCAGGAGAGAGAGUGUGAGGAUGUGGGAGUGGCCUUCCUGAGGAUCCCCGAAAUCCUGGAGAAACAACAAGACCUGACUGAGACCAGUCUGAAAGUUCUGGAUGUGGAGGACAGCAGCGAGGUGGUCGGCAGUCUGACUGUGUCCGUAGAGGGACUGGAGGCUCUGCAGGCCAUCGUGGAGGACCAGGACCACGAACGAGCCGCCGUCUCGUCCCUGCUUCCAUCAGCAUGAGGCAACACUCUCUCAGCAUCACCUGACACCAUCGGCCUGACAAAACACCAGAGGAAGCAACAUGUGAAGCAGCUGGUGAAGUACAGCUGUCAUCUUACAUACAUGUAAUAUGUCCAGGACCGACUCAGGACCUGACUUAAUGAAAAGGGUUUUCACACGUUCAGCCGUGUCCAGAACUGAUGCUGAUCAGCAGUGCAACACUUCAGCAGAUGAUCCGACUUUACUUUGAGCUCGUGUUUCAUUCGGAUUUUGCACCGCUAGUGUUUAAUAUUUACACUAAUAUGUGAUACGUGUCAGUUGCUGUAUGUUGACACAGUUCAAGCACAAGGGAACUGUGAACGUAAUUGGACCGUUUCUUUGCCCAGUGAGCUCGGACUGGGUCGUCUGCAGGUCAGAAUACACAGCGGUUAGAAACCGUACCAAGUUUGGCUGAAAACUGUAAGUUUCUCUCUGGAUGUUAAUGUUGUUCAGUUGGUCCACCACCAUCUCAACAACUACGGGAUGGACUUCCAUGGAACAGGGUAUUUCCAGGUCUUAAAAAGUGCAAAAUGUAAAUGUAAAAUGUUGAAUCUUGUCAGUCGCUGCUGUAGACAGUUUCAUUAGGUUAUAGGUAUUACAUUGCGUCUGUCACCUCCACACUGACAGUGACUGAGCUGCAGGAGGUGGUUCAGUCAAACACUGUCACUGCUGCUGCUGCAGGAGGAAGAUCAUCAGCUCACAGUGGAAAGCUCCAGAUCUCUCCAGCUCCAAAACUUACAUUUUCUGCCACUUAUCUGGGUCCAGGUUGCAUUUGUUUAAUUAAUUAUAUCAUUGGGAAUUAUUGUUAUAUCCUAUUUUAUCCCUACUGGUUUUCCAUUAUACUUUUUUUUCAUUACUUUGGUAUGAAAUUAUAAUACUUCAUGACAAGUGUGAUACUAUACUAUAUUGUAGUGUGUAGUGUUAGGACCUGUUUCCCAUUGGAAUACACUUAUAAUGUGUAACCCUGGUGCCUAAAGCUCAGUUUUAACGUAAACAUCCAGACGUCUUUUGACCUGCAAAUCAAUGCUUAGUUUGAGGUUGAUUGAAAGGAACCUCUGGCCAGAUGCUGGUCAGAUUCAGCUGAAAAGUGGAGUCUGUCUCAGCCACCAUGUGGAAGUCUCAAUAAAAACCGUAUAUAAAAAUAAAAUUCAAUGCCUUCCCCCGCAGUGGGGACUGUACUGUAUCAGGAUCUACCCAGUAGAUUGAAAUGUAAAUGAUCUUAUUUAAGAUAUAAACUCAUACAUUCAGAAUGUAUUGUAAAGUCAAAAUGUGUAAAGGUUUGUUGGGAAACUGUACAACAUCUGUUUAUAAUGAUCUAUUUUUAAAUGUGAAAUAAUUUAAAGUUUGUACUGUGUUUAAUACCCUGCAGUUAUUUAUUGCAUUUCGGGUCUGUUUACGAUUUCUGAGGCAGAAGGGAUUUGUUAGCGGGUCUGCCACUGUUCACGUAAUAUUUACUGUAGUUCAGGUUUUAGUUUUGGCUGCACACAAUUUGUGUGUUUGUUGUUUUUGUUCUUUCUCUGUGCCUGACAUCUCCAUGGUAACGGCCUAAAUGAUACCGCAGCCUAUCAAUGGUCGUCCCUCUGUAGGAAUACAGCAGGACGUCCAAAGGAUUUCAGCUGUUCAUGAAGGUUGGCCAUUAGAGCUGAGCCGAGCCUCACAGCCGCCACGAACACACAGCACAAGCUGUUAUUGUGACGCCGCGGGUUAACGUGGUAGACGAGGGAAGAAAAGAGAAGAGAAGAGAAAAGAAAAGGAAGGGGAGCUUAGUUUUAACUGGGUAGUUUAGCACUUUGACCAUCUAGUUUGUGUUCUGCAGGACAGAUUGGUGAUGCUGCAGCAGCUCACAGACCUUAUGACACCUUAUGAAGCCUCCCUUGUUUUUAUCAGGUGACUCAGACAUCACCACUUAUCACUGCGAAGCGCCAACUAACCCCACAGGGAUGUUAAGGAUCCACGUCUGUUUCCAUUUAGUUCUCUGGUUUAUUUUUUUAAGUUCCUCUGAGUAUCUGACCAAAAUAAAACAAAAUGCACUUUUUGUACAAUUACUCGCUUCAUUGUUUAGCCUUGUAUGUGAGAAAAUAGUUUAAAAAGCCCAUCUCAAUUUCCUGCCUUCCAGGUGACAUCUUCAGUUUUCUUGUUUUGUCUGACCAACAGUCCAGAUCCGUGGUGGACUGUUUUAUAUCCUUGUAAACUAAAAACCUUUAGUUAAAACAGAGAAAAGCAGAAGUCGCAGGUAUUGGAGCAGCUAAAGAGAGAAACCUACUAAAACUACCUCACAG